GCAGAUGGUUAUUGUGGAUGAGGAGAGCGAUGACGAGAGGUGAGAGCUUUUUGGCAACUAUGUCGACAACGAGUUUGAUGGCGUAAUCAACGUCGAAUUUCGAGACCCAUAUUUUUCUAUCGUCGUUGUAUAUGUUCGUCGGGAGCUCGGCAACCGCUCACCUCCUUUCAGAGAUUCCCUUUCGGUCAACGACAAUUGCAGCGAAUAAAACUCUUCGACGAGCCCUCUAUCUCUCCUUUUUUAUGCUCAUGCUGAAACUAAUACGGUAGCGGGGGGAGCGGUAGGAGCUCCAGUGACCCUAGCUUCGGGUCAAGCAAUAUGCCCAACGGGUCAGUAGCAAGGCGGCCACCACUAUCUACGUCAAUGCUGACGUAGAUGCAGAGCGGCAUCGCUUGACAACUAUGUCGGCGCCGACGCAGUUCUCGAGCGACGAAAAGGCUAUCGAUGUAGAUGCAGAGAGGCGAAAGGGUCGCUCGGCAACUGCGUCGGUGUUGACGUGAAUGCAAAGCGACCCUCAUCUCUCGUCGUUGCCUUCCUCAUCCACAAUAGCCAUCCGUGGCCCCUAAUGGCAUUGUCGUCAUCGUCGGCCACUACCGACUAGAAAAUUAAAAUUAUCCUUUUGCCUUUUGUUUUCGUGUUCUUGUUGGUAAAACCGACGACGUUAAGAUAAAUGGAUAUAUAUGUUUCACUUUCGUAACUAUAGGGAUACAAAUGUAACUUUUUAAAGUGUAGGGAUCAGAAUACUAAAGGUAACUAACCAAGGGGAUAAUAUGUAACUAGCCUUGUAUGCACAUAUGCUUGACUUAGAUCUUCUAAAACUUCAACUGCAAUUAGUUUACAUAUAUAGAAAAAGAUCUCUGACUUACAAUGGAAAAUUAGUGUUGCCAGCUUCAUGAGUAUCUCCUGUGACAUUCUCAUGUCUUGUUUUAUAGAAUCUUGUUGUGUUUAUUUAUUUACUUUUUGUUGUAUGGUUAUGUUACUACUGUUAAUAAAAUUAGACUGAAACUGAUCAGCACUGAUAAGGAAGAACUGGAAGAUUGAGCAUACAUUCUGUACAAAAUUAUUGCAGACUUUUAAAGUGCCUCCCAUGUGAAUCAUAUGUAUAAAUAUUAACAUUUUUUUAAUUGUGAGGUUUCCUCGAGUUGAUUGAUCUUACAUUGUGCUGUGUGUAAAUUCUUGCAUGCAAACGUAUGAUUACUCUCGGGUCUGUUAAGGGUUAUGUUUACAGUUUUUGGAUUGAAGAUCUGCACAGCUAGUUUAUCCUACUCUGACAACAAAACAAGAAAAGAUGCUUGAAGCCAUAUGAACUUGAGCAUAUGUUCGAUUCUCCUUAUUUUUUGAUCUUUUCACUUCUCGUAGGAAUCCUGGCUUUUGUCUUUCAUAUGGGUGCCACAUGUGGUUAUGUUCUUUGAGUUAUUGCUUAUUUUUUUCUCUUUUAAUUAAAAUGUGAUUUCCCAUCUUUGACAUCCCACAUUUAUGUACUUUUCACACACUCAAUUUGUUGACUUUGAACAUGUUUAGAAGCUAAUAGUAAAAUACAAUCUACUUAACUAGCCAUUUUUUUUUUUUGGGCAUAGGAUUUCAUGGAUUAACUUGAGCUAUAUGCUGCCUUGUUUAGCAGCCUAUUUUAUUAAACUUGAAACUUAUGUUAUUAUAGAUUAACUAUUACUGGGCUUUUCUUGUUAAUGAUUCCAAUAAUGAUAAAUAAAUAGUCCAAUCAUCUUAUGUUUUUAGGAUCGUGAUUAAGUAAUAACUAUUGUGGACUUUAAAUAGGCGCAUUCCUUUCUACUCACUCAAUUCUGCAAUUCCACAGAAUGGGAAAUGCAACUAACUAGCAAGGUAUUUAUUCCUACUAUUAACCAAGUUUCUCUCAAUGCAAGUCUAUUUGUGAUCAAGUGUGUGCCUCAACUUUCAAUUGAUUGAACUAAAAUGAAAGUAAGUUCAUUUACACCUUUUGAAGAGUAAAGUCCUCAAAAACAACAUGUGUGAUUGGAAGGAUAAAAUCAAGAUCCUUCAAAGACCUUUAGGGGACAUUUUGUUGGAGAUAUCUGCCAUGGAAAUGCUGGUUGAGGGCCAUGUGGCUGCUUAUUAGGAACACCAGCCUCAGAAGAUCUUUAGACUUCAGCUGGAGUCUACUUCAUUAAGAUAUGUGUUGUUGGUCUUCACAAAGCAUUUACACAGAGAACUCUAUAAAACUGAGUAUAUAUGUUUACAUUAACAACUUGUGUGAUACAAUUGCAGAGAUUUUUCACUCUGAAAACCGCAGAAGUUUUGGUUCCUACGUAUACUAGUGAUAUUUGAUUAAUAUACCGAUAACGGUGAAAUCUCCAUACCAACACUACCUACCUGAGGAAAAUGAAUUGAAUAAUGUGUAAUAUAAAGGUAAUUGUUCCCUUAUAGUGGCCAUGCACAAAAUUUGGAGGGUUAUAACAAUGCCUUAUAACCUGUUGCUGUAUGUUGUAGUGACCAUCCUAUCUGGGUUAUAGCAGUUGUUAAUGAUUUUUAUCACUGUUAAAUAAAGACUCUGAAUUUUAUGGUUAGAAAUAUGUGUGUUGAUUCAAUAGCUCUUAUUUUCUAUUGCUCUACUAAUCAUUCAAUGGACAGUGACUAUUUUCUGAGAGGACUGGUGACUCUUGGUUGUCAUUCUCCUGCAUUAUAAUCCAAUAUAAUGGCCUACUAUAACGGUGAAUAUUAAAAAUAAAAAAUCAUGGAAGUUGUGGGGGAAGUGUUGAGAACAGCCUACUACAACCAUUAUGAGAAGCAAUGGUUUUGAUGGGUUAAUUGUUACACCCACAAUGACAGAACUUUAGAACCUCGACAGUAUGUAACUCCUGCCCCUCAAACUUGAUCCUAAGUAAUGAAUUUCCUGGUGUAUGAAAAUUGGUAUAUUCUUUUCAGAGGAUAGAUGUUACUGAAAAGUACUGUUGUUUAUUAGUCCGAUCAUCUGAAAUUUAGAGCCUAAGAAGACAUAAAGAAGAGACCAUACCUCAUGUUACCUGGUUAUUCAACUGCAUUACAUGUCCUAGACUCAUGAUCAUAUAAUCAAUACCUUGAAGGUUCAACAGGAGGCACAUGUAAAUGAUUGUGCUCGAAGAGGACUGUGCAAGUUGUUGAUGGAUGUCAUUUUGCAUAUUUGUAGACUGGUGCAAGUUCCAGCUGAUCUUCAUACUUAGAACUUUCUUAUGCCUCUGUUCAGACUAUCCUGUUUGGUUAACUUGCACUGUGCUAUUAUUUGUUAUAGAUUGCAUUCUUGGAUUGUGCUACAGGGAUGAAAACAGAUCCAAAUGGUCCUCUAAUUUUGGUUCUUGACAUAAAAUGAUUUGUUUGCUCAAUUUCUUGGAUUCAGACAAAUUAUACAGAGAAAUGCACAUGGUUCUGUUAUAGCUUUGUUGGAAAUAAUUCCUUGUCAACCCGUCAGAACUCGUUGCUUCAUUCUUUCUACCCAUAUUUUCAUCGUAUCUCACAAAGAUUUGUAGGGCAAGGAAGAAAGGAUACUGAAGAUAAAUUGUCACUCUUUCUCAGGUAAUUUCUAAAGGAUUCACGUAUCAGCUUAUGCUUCUCUGUUCCCCACAGAUUUCAUGGGCAAUUCAACAUUUUUUUCACAUUUAUUGAUAAAUUACCGUCAGUUUGUUCUGAAGCAAACUUGAAAUUAUAACUUGGAUUUCGUUGCUAACACUUUAGCAUACUGCUCAGUGGUUGCUUUGAAGAUAUAGCUGCUGUUGUGUUUUUUUUUAUGAACUUUAGCUAUUUGUAAACGUUGGAAAUCUGACAGCUCUUUUAUUUUUAUAUGCUCUAGAUCAUUAAAGACUGUAACAAAUGGAAACAUGAAGGAGAUGCAUAAAUUGUAUGUAUUACUAACAAGUUGAAUUUUCUUUGCCCAACAGUGAAAUUACUGUUGGAGACUGGUUCAGGGUGUAGGAGUCAAUAAUCACUAUGAAACAUGUUUAGUAGUUCCAUCUUGUUAGGGUGUAGGCUUAGAUUUCGUUGAAGGUUGAAUACCUCAUUAUCCAAGCAUCUUUAGUUAGAUACAUGCAUAAAAGGUAAGUCACCAUUUAAAGCAUUGCACUUGUGCCUUCUGCUUGCCAAUGUACUAUUGAGUGUUCAUCCAGGUUUUGGGGUAGAAUUGACCAUAGAGAUUGAUGAUUGUUGUGGAUUGGUGAUUCUGGAACAUUAAUAAUAUACAAAUCAGUCCAUCCUGGGGUUUUUACCCAUGGAUAGACUCAUAAUUUCAGAUAAUUGCAUGGUCUUAUAUGCUAUACUCAAAGAAGAGUGCAGUAUAAUGCAGUUGGAGAGUGGGUAGCUGCUGUAAGUUGGAGGAUGUGUGGAUUAGAGUUAUUGGAAACAUCGGGUUGUUGUCCUCAUGAUUUCUGACACACUUCACCACUUGUCACUCCCACCUCCAUUGCACCCCUUAAAACACUUCACCAUUGUCAGGAAAAGGUCUGCUCUUCUGUUGGCUUCCUUGGAAAUGCCCGCAGUGUUUGUCCUGCUGAGUAGGACUGAUUGGACCAGCGGUCAGACCCCUCCUUAAGUUGUAUCUGCAACCAAUCCAUCCUCUGAAACUUUCCUGAGGAUUUGGACAACCUACGUACCAGUUAUCAGAAUGAAAAAUCAGUAUAAUAAAAGGGGCAUUGAUUACUCUUCAGUGAUCCAAACACCAUAGUUUAGAUUCUUACUGGCCCUUGUCAUGAACCUGUUUGAAUGCCAGGAAGACAUACUUGCUCCUCGUGAGGUCUUUGGUUUGUUGCAUCCUUCCUGUGUCACCAGGUCUUAUAUAGGGCAUGAUAGGUUGUAAUUGAUAACAAUAUCAAAGAACUUUUGUCACUUGGACAGCCAUGUUGUUGUCUCAUAUUGUUCAUAAAUGUUGUCCACAUGCAUAGGCUUCCUUCAGCACCUUGUUGCCUUUCUGAAGGGUGUGGGGGAAGGAGCAUUUCUGUGUCAAUGAAUACGGUGAGAUUUGAUGUUAGGGUACCUGUGUAAGAAGGCAGACCAGGAAAAGUGCAGAUGAGAAGGGAGCAUUGACAACAUCUCUGGGGAUGGCAUAUGCUUACUUUCUGAGCCAUUAGUAUAAUUGUCUCAGAGGUGAGACCAUUUGUUCCCGUUCCCUUCCGGGGGCAACUGUCUUAAAUGAUGUUCUUUCUUGGCCUCCUGCUCUCUGUGAAGUGCAAGUAGAUAUGCUAAAGAAGUGGUGUUCACAUAUUGAGUAUGGAGGCUUUCCAACUAGUGGCAAUUCACAGUAGUGGUCCAUGGUUUAUCAUGAAGACAGAUCUGUGAGACAUCUGCCUAGUUCAUAUCAAGGUUUUGAAUGCUGAGGCAAUUGGGUUGGUGUGACAUUUCUUCUUUGGUGUCACAAAGUUUGGUAAGUGGAACCUGCACAUGACCUAAAGGAAAUUGCCUAAACAAGAUGAACUUAAUGCUAAUUAAAAAUAAUGACUUGCAAUUGCUUCACUUCUCCUCUUGGGGAGAGGGGUUACAAAUUUCCUACUUGUCCUAGUGUUUAGGAAGGCAAUCUUUUGGUUCUGGGGCGAGCCAUCAACUGCUUUGAUGGUGAACCAAUCAAAGAGGCAGACAGAGAAAUCUUAUGAUGCAGGCCCCUUCUGUACAUGGUAGGACCGUAUCUCUUCUCUUGCUGUGUAUUUACUAUUAUUGCAUUGCCUUUUUCUUUUUUUGUGUAUCAGAAGUUCUAUAUCUUCUAAAUAUUUCUCCUGCUCAAGCAAAAAGAUGUUUGGAUUUUUUUGCCAAUCUAUCCUUCCACCCUCAUCUGGUUCAAGGGUAGUUUUACCAUGUCUUCCUUAUUGGUUCUUUGUUCCUCUUGGGAAACUCAGCAUCAAUAUCGACCUACCUGCUCUUAUGUGCUAUGAAUGAACUGUAACUACCCUGGUCCUUUCACUUCAAGUUCACAGACACCACCAGAAGAUGUAUCUGUUUGUAUGUGCAUGUUCAUUCAUCAUGUCAAUGUUCUCAAUGAAACCAAUUCCCAUUGCAGUUGAUGAAAUGGUACUCAUCCUAGUGCUUUCUGCAAAGAAGUAUUGGUCAUCAUCCAAGUCAGAAUGCAGGCCUUUGGCACUGAUUUGUCCAAGAGGUUGGAAGCCAGAGAGCAGACAGUAUAUGAGGUCAUAGGAUUCAAUUCCUUGAGAUGGUUUCUGCAUUAAACACUUACUGAUUUAUCCGAAGUGAAGAUUUUGAACAGUAAAAGGAAAAAAAAAAGGCUCACUGUUACAAGAUCUCCUACCUCUCCUUACUUUGGAUGUUAAGAAAAGUUGGGAACAAAAGAAAGCUCUUCUCAUUUAUCUAAAAGAGAAGCAGUGGUGAUGCCUGAUGAGAGCCCUAACUUUUCAGUCCUUUUCCCUACAUCUUCUACUAUAUCAUAACAAAUUAGUACUAUUUAUGAAUCCCUCCCUUACAUUUCAACAACUUCUGUUCCCUACUUAUGGACUUCUUUUCAGGUACCUCGAAACCGUGCAGCUGACAAGAACAGGAAGCCUCCCUUGUCGACUUAUCCCAUCAACAAAUCCUUCUCUGAUUCGAGCUUAGUACCACCCAACUAAACUUGCUUCAAGAAGGGAACUUCCCUUUCAAAUUAUUAUGUGCAGCAAUUAAUACAUCAUAGAGUGGGCACCAACAAAGUUCUGAGGAAUGAUGCAUCAACAUCUUCACUGGUGAGACAUCUCAUUCGUGCAUGGAGUAUAUAUGAAGCAGUUCAGAUGCUGAGUGGAACAAACAUCCAAUGCUUGUUCUUCUGAUCUUUUAGUGAAAAGAGAAGCAAAAACAUACCAAUAAGUUUAUUCUCUCUUUCAGUUCCAGCUGCUUUUUUAUCCUUCUAGGUUGCUAUGCAGGUGGAUACAUUCACCGGAGGAACCUCACUGCGGCAGAAGUGAGCAUGCUUAGUAAGAACAGUGAUGUUAAAGAAGACAGAUGAAAUUUGUUGACUGGUACUUUAGAGAGAGAACUUUUGGGGGGGAGAUUUGUUUAACUCGAAGCUGUUCUCCAUAACUCUGCAUCUUCUGCCCACUGUAUCGUUGACCGCGAAGCACAUUGGUUCACUUCACUGCUGUUCAGUCUGAGAGAGUACAUUCCUGCCGCUGCUCCAUUCAAUAAACCAACCUCCAGCUGUGUCACUUAAUCCUACAGAUUGAGAUGUGGUGUCGGAGAAAAGAAGCUAAAACCAUUGAAAUGGAUUGACCUUUCUUCUGAGGUGGGGAAGAAAGUGAGCGGUGGUGCCACAGGUCAUGUGAGUGCAGUCGGGUACAUCCUUGUUGUGGAAACCUGUAGGCCCUUGUGUGUUCUCUUUUGGAUGUUGUCUUCUUGGCACCAUGCAGAACUGGGUGUCGAUGAGAGACCUGAAGCUUUCCACUCACCUGCACCAUGUUUGUCAAGUCUCAGUUGGUUCUCUUUGUCUCUCACCCAAAAAUUGGAACAGACAAUGGCCGCCCUCGGGAAGAACCACUUGCUGUUUGUGAGUUAAACGAACUGCUUCACCGGAUAGCUCAGGAAGAUGGAAGGGUUUGGUCGUGAAAGAAGCCUCGGUGGCGAGAGUAGCAAGCAAUGUUUCCGCUGGAUUCUUAAUUUCUAAGUGGCACUGGUUGAUGAAGAGAGAGAGAGAGAGAGAGAGAGAGAGAGAGAGAGAGAGAUGUGAUAUCUAUCAGAGAUGUUUCCCUCAGAAAAUUCAGUGAUGUUGAGCUCUACACUGGUCAAGGUUGGAAGGUAGCAGCCAUUCAUUAAAUUAGACUGAGAAGGUACAGGGGAGAGAGAGAGAGAGAGAGAGAUGAGAAGACACCCACACGUGUGGACCUGAGCCUGGUUCUUCUGGGGAGGAUGUUGAAGCAGUGAAAGCGUGACAAAUGGGCCUGUCAAGCUGGUGAAUGGUGGGGAGAAGCUGAUUGGGUUUCUGUUUCUAGUUCUUCUGUUCCCCCCACCCGCUGCCACCACCUCUGUCUCUCUUCAUGACCUACGCUUUAUUUCCCCCAUUUCCCUUGUUGUCGGAGUGACCCUGCAACUUUCUGCCGGAGGUGAAGGCAUGGCCAGUAGAUGUUAUGCGGACUCUUCUCCUUCUUCCUCAGCAAAAGGAGUUCCUUCUCAAACAGACUCUCUCUCCUUCAACACAGCCUCUUCGGUGGAGAGACAUCACUGCGGCUGUUGUACCUUACCUUUCAUGGAGAGUUGCCUCAGCUUGCAGGAAAACGCUCAGCAGAACAGCGAGGUCAGUCAUGAUAAGUAUUUACUUGGAGAGAACACGACUGUGGGGAGCGGCGCUGCCGAAAGUGGACAGUCGAAGUCCUGUGCCAGAGGCCAUUGGAGGCCAGCUGAGGACUCCAAGCUCAAAGAACUGGUGGAACUCUACGGUCCCCAGAACUGGAACCUCAUAGCAGAAAAGCUGGAGGGCAGAUCAGGUAAGAGUUGCAGAUUGAGAUGGUUCAACCAGUUGGAUCCGAGGAUCAACAGAAGGCCUUUCACCGAAGAGGAAGAGGAGAAGCUGAUGACCGCUCACAGAUUGUAUGGUAACAAAUGGGCCAUGAUCGCGAGGCUUUUCCCUGGUAGAACCGACAAUGCGGUGAAGAACCACUGGCAUGUCAUCAUGGCGAGGAAGUAUAGGGAGCAAUCCUUCGCCUGUCGGAGGAGAAAGUUAAGCCAAGCUGUCCACCGGAGAUUUGAGGAAGUUGCUGCGGCAAGAGCAACAGCCGCCCGUGGCUUUGGCAGCAGUCAUUCUUCGCCUUCCUUCCCUUCUCGUACUCCUCUUGAUUCCUUCUCUGCUAACAAGGCUGAUGAGAAGGGUGAUAUGCAAAGUGCUGAGCCCUUCAUGGUGUUCGGACAGCAUUCUCCCCUCAGCUUAUCAAUGCAACAAUCAACCCACUUAUCCCAUGUUUCUGCCAAUGAGACACCAUUUGAAGAGAACUCAGAGAGCAGCCACCUUGAUGCUGCAGCCUCACCAACUUUCAUAGAUUUCCUUGGAGUAGGAGCCACAUGAGUUGUGAGGUGAAAGGAUCAAAACAAAGGCAGGCAGAAGAACAAUGCAAAAGGACUAGUUAGAAAAGCUGGGUGCCAAGAGAAUAGAGAGACCAAGAUGCCAGCACAGAGAAGAAGAUACCAUUGUUGUUUGAGUUAAGGGAACAAAUUUUGCUUGGCCAUUUAACCUCUCAGUUUAUGUGAUUUAAACAUCCAAAGCCAGGGUAGAAUAUUUGUAUUUUAGUAGGUAAAAUUAGUUCCAGUCAAGUCUACUAAUUGGCUAAACUUGUGUUUAUUCUGGUUGGAGACUCAAUUUAACAUUUUUCUCCAAGAAAAUGGGAGAGUU